UCCGAGAGGGCUACUUCCGGAUUCGUUGGCGAUCGCUGUGCAAGAGGGUUCCGGAGCCGCUGGGCUGGUGGGCGUCCCGGGCUGCGGCCCGCGCUGGGCCCGCGAUGCUCGGGGGCCGCUCGGAAGGACGGGAUCGCGAGGCUGAGGACGACGGAGCGGGGGCUUUGCCGGCGCCGCCUGCAAUCGACUUCCCGACGGAGGGCUCGGAGCCCAAGUAUGAUGAAUCUGAUGUUCCAGCAGAGCUCCAGGUGUUGAAAGGACCCCAGCAGCAGCCGACCUUCCCGUUUGCAGUUGCCAACCAGCUCCUGCUCGUUUCUCUGCUGGAGCACUUGAGCCAUGUGCAUGAACCAAACCCGCAUCGUUCAAGACAAGUGUUUCAAUUGCUUUGUCAGACCUUCAUCAAGAUGGGGCUGCUGUCUUCUUUCACCUGCAGCGACGAGUUCAGCUCGCUGAGGCUCCAUCACAACAGGGCCAUCACUCAUCUCAUGAGGUCCGCCAGAGAGAGGGUCCGGCAGGAUCCCUGUGAUGAUAAUUCUCAUAUCCACAAGAUCAGGUCAAGGGAAGUGGCCUUCGAAGCACAGACUUCACGGUACUUGAAUGAGUUUGAAGAGCUCGCCAUCUUGGGAAAAGGCGGAUAUGGAAGAGUAUACAAGGUCAGGAAUAAAUUAGAUGGACAGUACUAUGCAAUUAAAAAAAUCCUGAUUAAGAGUGCAACUAAGACAGAUUGCAUGAAGGUGCUACGGGAGGUGAAGGUGCUGGCGGGCCUGCAGCACCCGAACAUUGUGGGCUACCACACUGCUUGGAUAGAGCAUGUUCACGUGGCCCAGAAGCAAGCAGAUAGAAUUUCUAUCCAGUUGCCAUCUCUGAAGGUGAUCUCUGUGCAGGAGGAUGACAGAGAUCAAUAUGAUGUUACAAAUGAUGAAAGUAACAGCUCAUCCAUUAUCUUCACCGAAGGCGACUCGGGAAAAGAAAAAUCCUUAGGAGAAUCUGGCCCUGAAAAUCAGAAUAACAAACUGGUGAACUACACCACCAAUGUGGUCACAAGGGACCCCAGUGAAUUUGACUCGUCCAUUGAGUUCCAAGAAAACGGCUUGGCUCAGCUGUCUUCUGGAUCCAUUGUUGAGAACCAGCUGCCACUUAGGCUCAGCUCAAACGUAGGAGGGAACUUCACCUCCACUGAGGAGUCUUCCGAAGAAAACCUGAACUUGGUGGGACAGGCAGAGGUGCAGUACCACCUGAUGCUGCACAUCCAGAUGCAGCUGUGCGAGCUCUCGCUGUGGGACUGGAUAGUGCAGAGGAACACGCGAGCCCGCGAGUGUGUGGACGAGGCUGCGUGUCCUUAUGUUAUGGCCAGUGUUGCAACCAAGAUUUUCCAAGAGCUGGUGGAAGGUGUGUUUUACAUACACAACAUGGGGAUCGUGCACAGAGACCUGAAGCCCAGGAACAUCUUUCUGCACGGCCCCGAUCAGCAGGUGAAAAUAGGGGACUUCGGCCUGGCCUGCGCAGACAUCAUACAGAACACGGCCUGGGCCGCCGGGAGUGGGCAGAGGGCGCCGGCACACACUUCCAGAGUGGGGACCUGCCUGUACGCGUCCCCCGAGCAGUUGGAAGGGUCCGAGUACGAUGCCCAGUCCGACAUGUACAGCCUGGGCGUGAUCCUCCUGGAGCUCUUCCAGCCGUUCGGGACGGAGAUGGAGCGGGCACGGGUCCUGACCGGUUUGAGGACCGGGCAGAUACCCGAGUCCCUCAGCAAGAGGUGUCCCGUGCAGGCCAAGUACAUCCGGCAGCUGACCAGGAGGAGCGCGCCCCAGAGGCCGUCGGCGCUGCAGCUGCUGCAGAGUGAACUUUUCCAGGAUUCUGGAAGUGUUAACCUCACCCUGCAGAUGAAGAUACUAGAGCAAGAAAAAGAAAUUGAGGAACUAAAGAAGCAGCUCAGCCUCCUUUCUCAGGACAGAGGGGCUAAGGAUGACACGAAAGAGGGUGAUGUUCCCGUCUAGCUCAGUCAGGCUCCAGAGAUACGCAGGUGGGCUUCCACUGGAUAAGCUCAAGUCAACUGGAAUGUACAGCUUUAGUCUUCGUUAGGGCACAUGCAGACGGUGUGCUGCCGCGCUUAGUUGCAGUCAGUAAGCUGGUACUUCCUAAAGUGAGGUUGCUUCUCCCCGGCGUAGCUCUUUCCUGAUCUAGCUUUUUGAACUUGACUGCUCCAAACUAACCCAUUGUGCUCUUUCCCCUCUUGUCCCACAACCUCCUGUUCCUGGGUCGCCUAGAUUGUCCCGUCCCGCAGACUAGAUGUUUAGACAUCCUCCAUUCUCUUGAGCGCUACUGACCACCAAACCCUCCUCUAGAAGCUGCCACUGCAGAAACCGGUGUCCUGCGCCUGCCUCUCACUGCCCAGGCCCAGCCAGUGCUUGAGAGGGACUGGUGGUUCCGACAGGUGACGCUUGUCCUGACCCUGUCUCACAGGGCCAGUUAACUACCAGAGGGCAGCUCUGCUCAUGCCCUGGCGCAAAGGCCUCUGCUGCCUCCAAAACAACUUCGCCCUCUUAGCCGUGUGUGUCGUCCAGCCCGUUUCUGUUAUCCCCUCCGCCUUGGCAUCACUGUGCCCUUCCCAAGCUCUGUGCUGCCCGCCGAGUGACCUCAGAGCCGCCCCGGUGCCAGGGUUGCUGCCUCUGCCACCCCCGUCCUGUCCCCACGGCAUUUUCUCAGCAGCGGCUCCUGCGCUCCUCAGAGGUGACAAUAUGUGUUGGCUUUUAUACCCAAAGGUGCCUGCCAUGUCGCCAGCAUGGUGUACUACACACGGUAUCACUCAGUUUUAAAAUAAAACGAAAACCACAAAUUAUGUGGUGGUUUUAUUGGUACUUGACAACUGGCCUAAAUAAAGAGUCUGAUUUUGGUACAAGUCCCUUUACCAUCACAGGCACGAAACAGCACUACUCUCAGACUCUAGUCUGAAUCCCCUGAAAGUCAGUUCCCGAGUCACUGAAGGAGCUUGAGGGCCGUGCUGAAAGGCGCCAGGUUCUCGCAGGCCCGCAGCCACCUCUGCACGUUGGCCGGCACGGGCACGCUGCAGCCUCCCGUCUGCCGGAGCGCGGACCACAGCACGACGUCCGCCACCGUGAGCUCGCCCCCCACGAGCCAGGGGCUGUUCCCCAGAGCCGAGUUCAUGGAGGAGAGCACGGAGACUUUUUCUUUACUGCUUCCCUCUUUCAGCUGGAAAGCAGCUGCAUCGACCCAGCUAUCUAUGAGUGUCGAGUGGACUGCGUCAUGCUUCUGGCCAAACAGGGAGAACAGAAACCGUGCAAUGUUCCCUUCCCCUUCGAUGGGACACAUCCUCUGGACGCUGAACUUCAUCUGAGUCUUCGGCACUGAAAGGAAAGCACCCCACGGAUGUCAUCGGUAGCAGCACCCACAGAAGCACUCGUACCCGGGGAGGGGACUCGCUGACCAUGAACUUGUGGAUGGGAAAAUGGACCUCCAAGACCACAUGUUCAGGUGUAAUAGUCAUGGAAGUUUAAACUGUGUUUAAAGAACACAGACUAUGUGCUAAGAAAGUAACCAUGUCUGGUACCUGACUGUGAGUUUUCAAGCCAGGAACCUCAGGCCAUCCACUCCACCCUGUGGGUUUGCAGGUUGCAGGCCCGGAGACCCCGAGCCCCCUCUCCCCGGUCAGAGACCCUUUGUACCUCCCUAGCCCCUGCAUUCGUGAGGGUGGCUACGGAUCACUGGGUGACCAGUACCUCCCCUCCCUCUCUGUGAACUAGCAGGGGGGGGGGGGGGCACUCUUCAGUGUGAUGAGUGGGGGUACUCUGCCACCCUGUUGGCCACUUGGAGAGAGAACACCAGACACCCCUGCUCCGACGGCGCAGACGGGACCUCCCCAAACCUGCGCUCUCCGCCGGAGACCCUGACCCUCCCGGAGGAAGGAGGACAUCUUUGGGUCAGGGUUCACCUGUGCUGCUGUUGCACAUUGUGCCCUGACAGCGUGUGAUGAAGAGUGUACAGCGAUGAGUGUCACUGUGCCAGCACUUGCUGCCUCGUUAAUAAAAUCACGGUGCCCACUUCAUGACACGGUGUGAGUCGAACCCAGUCCCCUCUACUCACCGUUCUUCCAAAUCAGAGUAAAACCCAGCUGGUACUCGUGGCGGGGCUGUUUGUUGGUCCGCUCGCCAAAGCACCUGAGGAGGUUUUCCGGCACAUUCCUGACUGCUGAGUGGGUGUGAACUGUGGACAGGACCUUGUAGCGGUCGCAGAGCAGCUGGUGCAGCACGAGCAGGGAGAGGGGGGGCGAGGCGGGGUCCGCGUUGAUGACGAUGUCCUUCAGAGCCCCGUAAUCCUGGGGGGGGGGACCCGAACACAGCAGAGGAUGUUAACGGUGGUUUGUGUGUGGACUUGUCCCAGGCGCUAUUUUAGGCCCUAACGCCCAGGGAGGAGGUGCUACCGUGAUCCCGCCUCGCAGCCGAGGAGGUGCGGCCCGGGGAGACCAGUGACUGGCCCAGGGUCACUCAGCUCGGGGGAGAGUGGGGCCGGGCUCUGAGCUGACGCCGUCCCCAAGUCCUCGCACUGCUGGCCCCCGACAGAAGGCUGACCUGACCGUCAGAUUGGGAAAGCCACGGAUUAGGAAUGGCACUUCCGCUUGUCCCUGAGUUUUAAA